UUUUGGAUUUUGCUGACAUUUAACAUAACCUCAACCUACAUGUUUACAAACAAGUUAAAAUCGUAACUGAAAAAUAAGUCAGAUACGUGUAUUUUCACCAUUUUUCUAAAAAAAGCUCCAAAAUUCAGCUAACAGAAAUGUCCUAUUUGGGGUCUCCGUACUCCAACUCGUAUAAUCAAGAUUACGAGUACGAAGACGAUAAUUUUGACGACGAAGAUGACAGAGAAAACGAAGAUCCGCACGAUGAGAGCGAUGAAGAUACCGAAGAUGCCAGUGAAACCGAUACCGGACGCCAUGAAGAACCUCUCGAAAUCAAAGAGCAAAUGUAUCAGGACAAGCUCGCUAGUCUUAAAAAGAAACUACAACAACUUAAUGACGGUACUCACUAUGAGUACAACAAAAAAGUGAAAAAACUGGAAAGUCAGUAUAGAGAACGAAUACGAAUAAACAUUUUGUAUAGGGAUUACAGAAUUGAAUGCGUGGAACGUGAUUACGUUGCUGAGAAAAAAUCAGCUGUUAAGGAAUUUGAAGACAAAAAAAUCGAUUUGAGGGAAAAUCUGAUUUCUGACUUAGAAGAUAAGAAAAAGACAAUAGAAGCGGAACGGUAUUCUAUGGAGUUAACGGGUGACUCGAUGGAAGUUAAACCUGUGAUGACGAGGAAGUUGAGGCGAAGACCAAACGAUCCAGUUCCUGUCCCAGAAAAAAGAAGAAAAGCGCCCACAGCGCAAAUCACUUACCUGUUAGAUGAGAAAGAAAUUGAAAAUGAUCUAAAAAUUAUAAAUCGAGGGAAAGUUUUAACUCCUGUCAGGAAACCAAGUACUGAUGAUAAUAAUUCUCUAAGUCCAGGCCAUUUACAAAGUCCGUUGAGUAUAUCGUCGAGUUUUAAUGAUGUACCUUUGAUUGAAACGAGGAUCGAAGACGGUAAAUUAUUAUAUGAAAAGAGGUGGUUUCAUCGGGGCCAGAGUGUCUUUGUUGAAGGAAGGGAUUUGCCGAAAUUUCCUGCCAAUAUUUCAGCUAUUGGCAAUGAUAUGAUAUGGGUGAAACGAUCAGACGGCAACAAAGUCAAGAUUUACUUAUCUAACCUGGCUCGAGGCAAAAUAUCAAUAAAAAGAUGGUAUUUCAAGUAACAGCGCAGUCGAUGCAGCAGCAUCUAAAUUAGCUACUUCUGCAGGAGGGUGACAGCAAAUCUG